AUGUCGUACUCGCAAGUGCCCGUAAACCCGCCGCUGGAAACGGUGGAACUCGGCGAAAUCAACCGCACUCAGCAAGACUAUCAUCCCGGCGAACAUCUGCGCAGCCAGCGACACAUCUGGACGCGUAUCAAUGCCCUGGAGCACCAGAUUGAAUUUCUGGGAGGCCAGCUGAGAGAGGCCAAGGAGGCCAUGAACCCCAAGGGCCAAAAGACAACCUACUCGGAGAGCACGGCGUACGGAAUUCUCUCGGUCAUCGCCCUCAUGUGCUCCAUCAUCCCGGGCUUCUUCGUGGCCAUGGACUUGUCGGAUGGACCCGCCACUCUCAUGUGCAUGGGCCAGAUCUGUCUCAUUUGCUUCAUUGUGCUCUUCACAACCCUUCCCUUUGCCCACAAAGACAGACACAUCUUCCGCAUCUUCACCGCCAUCGUCUACCUGGUGCUGUUGGGCUGGGAAACUUAUGUAGACCUGUGGGCAGGACUAAUCCAUGCCGCUACAAUGGUGCUGACGGUCGUCUUCUACAUGCUGGACGCGCGGGAGGCGAGAAUCCGAGAAAUGACAGAAUCCGAGGUGGACACUGUGGUCUAG